AAACUAAAUCGUUUCUUGGCUUUGCCCCAAAUGCGAACUAUUAUUCCUUCCGACAUCCAAGUAAGUUAGGGUUUCGUUUUCUGCUCUUCUGGAAUUGGCUCAUCAACACGUUUUCGCCUUUCAUCAAAUUUCGGUUUUUCUCUGAUUCUCUUCUUCAAAUUCAGAUUUUGCAAGCAUCAGCAUGAAUGCAGUGCAACAAAUGAUCCAUUCUGAAAGUGAUGCUAUAUUUUUUGAUACGAAUGUUGAUAAUGAGACAAUUGACUUGGAAGAAUGUAUUGAACAAGAGGAAGAUUAUGAGGAAAACAGUGAGGGUGAUGAGGAAGUGGUUAAGGAAAAUGAAAAUGACGAUGUGGUGCUUGGAGAGGAAAAAAGUAGAGAUAAUGUUCCUUUCUUCAACCAUAUUGAUGCUGCAAAUGAUGACGUUACUAGUAGUUGGUCAUUAUUACAGCCAACCGUUGAGUGGACUCCAUGUGUUGAGUUAAAGAAAGGGUUAACUUUUAAGGAUAAAGCUGAUUUGAAAACGGCUGUUCAACUUUACUCUAUUAAGAGGCACCGCAUGUACGAAGUAGUUGAAACGAAAUCAAAUGUAUGGGCAUUGAAGUGUGCGAAACACAAGGAAGGUGGAUGCGGUUGGAAGCUUCGAGCAUGUAAGCGUAAGUCCCAUCAACUCUUUGAAAUAACUAAAUAUGACGGCCCACACCAAUGUGUGUACCAAAGUUUGAGUCGGGAUCACCCAAUGUUAGACUCAAAUUUGUUAGCACGAGAAAUUGAAAAUCAAGUCAAAGUGGAGCCUUCAAUUACAGUGGCAGCCUUAAUAGAGACUUCGAAAGAAAAAUUCUCUUACGAUGUAUCAUAUAAGAAGAUGUGCAAUGCCAAACAAAAGGCAAUACACACUGUGUUUGGUGAUUAGGAUAAGUCCUAUAAAACUUUGCCUGAAUUUGUAGCCGCGCUUGAAAAGUGUAAUGACACAAUUGUCGUAUGGCAGUUUGAAAAGUUGCACGAUCAGAAUAUGGGGACUUUUCAGCGUAUAUUUUGGGCUUUUCCACAAUCUGUUGAAGGAUUCAAGUACUGCAGACCAGUAAUUAGUAUUGAUGGAACUCAUUUGUAUGGGAGAUACAAAGGGAAAAUGUUGAUAGCUAUGGCUGUUGAUGGAAAUAAUCAACUAUUCCCUCUCUCAUUUGCUAUCGUUGAGGAAGAAUCUUUUGACAGUUGGAGUUGGUUUCUUCAUUGUCUUAGACAGAAAGUAACUCAACGGAAAGGAGUUUGCUUAAUUUCUGAUCGUCAUAAAGGAAUUACUUCUGCAGUUAACGAUCCUUAUUCCAUGUGGCGAGAACCUUGGGGUUAUCAUCGAUAUUGCUUGCGACAUAUAUGCAGUAAUUUCAAUGACAAGUUUCACAAUAAACAGUUAAAAGUGCUUGUGUAAGAGCAGGAAGUGCACACCAAGUGCAAAAGUUUGAUGCCAUAAUCCAAGAAAUUGACAAAAUCAAUCCCGAAGCUCGUAAAUGGUUGGACAAGAUCCCGGUACCACAAUGGUCAUUGGCUCAUGAUGGGGGCCGACGGUAUGGAAUAAUGACCACCAACUUAUCUGAGGUGUUCAACAGUGUGCUAAAAGGUGCUCGGAAUUUGCCUAUCACAGCUUGUGUGCAAUUAACCUUCUAUCGGUUAGUUAAAUUUUUUUCUGUGAGACGGGGGUCUGUUGAAGAUGCGUUGGCUAAACGAUACUUGUAUACGCCACAUGUUCUUGCGACUAUUGAAGGAUAUCGGGUGAAGGCAAACACACAUGAUAUUGUUCACUUUGAUAGAGCACAAGGAGUUUGUGAAGUAUUAACUGCCCCAUAUGGUGAGGGGAUGCAGAAAGGGCACAAUAAACAAGUGGUCCACCUUGCUCAAAAAACAUGCAGUUGUGGAAAGUGGCAAAUUUAUAAAUUUCCAUGUUCACAUGUGAUGGCGGUGUGUGGACAGUUAGCACUUGAUAUUUGACAAUACACUGAGGAGUACUACACCAUUCACUACUACUCUCAAACUUGGGCCCCUCAGUUUAGCCCAAUCCCUCAUGGGGACUAUUGACUGGAAGCAAAUAUUCCUCAACUGUUGCCGGAUCCUACUCGUAGGCGUUCAAAGAAAGGAAGACCUCAAUCCACACGAAUUAGAAACGAGAUGGAUAUCAAAGAAGGUAAAACUAAGACACUGUGCGGCAUUUGUAAAGAGUCGGGUCAUGAUAGACGGACAAGUAAAAACAAGAGAAAAAAGAUGGACUGAUGGUCUCAUCUAUACUAGGUGGUGGUGGCAAACGUGAAUAUGACAUGAGCUUCCCGGAUGCACUUGUAGUGCUUUGCGUAAAUUUUGUCACGAGGAGAUGCUCAUAUUUUUAAUAUUGGAGAACUCUCUUAUUUUGUAAUCUUAAGUACUCUUUUUGGAUGAUGGACGUAUUGGUUGUUACUAUGAUAUGUUGUGGUGAUUUGCGUAGAACUUUGUCAUGUCGAGAUGCUCAUAUUUUUAUUUUUAAUAUUACAGAACCAUAUCAUUUUGUUUAUUAGUAAUUUUUGGUACAUUUCUUUUUUAAUGAUACAUGUAUUGAUUACUAUAAUCAUUUGGUGAAGAAU